GGAAACGGCAUUCUAGUAUUCGCAAUAUCACAACAGCGACUGCCAGUCAUGCAGACGGCAGCGCUUGUGUAGAGCAAACGAUUUAGGCAGGUGCCAUGUACCGAUAAUGAUGAUGACAAAAUGGAGAGGGACUAACACCGAUAAACGCCGUUUAUCAGCAAAGAGGCAUCCAUCCGCCGGCCUAUCUCUCUGUCCCUAGUCCGAGCUCUUUCAGUACUGUAUUCUAGCAUUUCUCAUUUCCCCAUACCUAGCUUGAGCAAACAACAAUCAUCAUGUCGAGUACCAAUCCCAAAGACACGCGCCCGCCACCCAAGGACUUGUCGCAUCACCUAUCCCGCAAUGCCAAGAGCAGACAGCCUAGCUCGAUCAAGCAGUUCUACAAGUACUUUCAGAUUCCAGGCAUCGGUCAAUUAGCUGGAGGUCUACCGAACCAAUACUACUUUCCCUUCGACACACUAGAGGCAAAGGUUGCACUGCCGGAGAGAUGGACGCCUACCGACAACAAGCCCGUUGACCCUCCCUCGGCCGCCACUUCGUCCCUCAAGAAUGGAAGCCCUCUCCACCAGGCCCAAUCAGUCUUGAAGGUGCCUCACACUUCUCACGAGCAAAACCCACUCAAGAAGAUUGACCUUGCCUCUGCUCUGCAAUACGGUCAAGCUCAAGGAUACCCGCCGCUUUACUACUUCCUCCGCCAAUUCACCCAAGAGAACCUACACCCCAACUGUCCUUACAAGGGUGGUCCUGAGAUUGUCCUGACCUGCGGAAGUACAGAUGGCUUCUCCAAGGCUCUUGCCGCCUUGUCAAACGAAUGGAGCGAAGAGAAGGAUUGGGUCCGCGACCGUCAAGGUCUGCUUGUCGAGGAGUUCUGCUACAUGAACGCUAUUCAAGCCGCCAGACCAAGAGGCUUGAACAUUGCCCCCGUCAAGAUUGAUGACGAGGGCAUGCUUGCCGAGGGUCCCGGUGGUCUUCGUGAUGUCCUCGAGAAUUGGGACUACAAGAAGGGAAAGAGACCUCACUUGAUGUACACUGUCACCAUGGGCCAGAACCCUACCUCUGGUGUCCUUUCUCUUCAGCGUCGUCGUGACCUCUAUGCUCUCUGCUCAAAGUACGAUGUCAUCAUUGUGGAGGACGACCCUUACUGGUACUUGCAGUUCCCCUCGUCGACCAACUCUGACAGAGUCUUUACUCCUCAGUCAUCAAAGUGGAAGUCUUCUGGCUACGACUUCCUCGACUCGCUGGUCCCCUCUUACAUCAACAUCGAUACUGAUGGUCGUGUUCUCCGUCUUGACACUUUCUCCAAGACUGUAGCCCCUGGCUGCCGUCUCGGCUGGAUCACCGGACAGCCCGACCUGAUCGAGCGCAUCCUACGUUUGACAGAGACCAGUACCCAACAGCCCUCCGGCUUCGUUCAAUCCAUGAUUGCCGAACUUAUCAUUGGUCCUCAAGCUGACGACAUCGAUCCUGGCAAAGGCCCCUCCAACGGCAAAGGCUGGAGCACCGCAGGCUGGGUCCGCUGGCUCGAAGGCCUUCGCGGAAACUACGAACGCCGCAUGAACUCCAUGUGCAGCAUCCUCGACACGGGCCGCGAACUCGUCAAAGUCGGCCGUCGCAGCUCCCUGAGUAACUUAUCUCUCGACUCUGACGAUGAAUGGGCCGUCGUGCAGACGACCACCGCAUACUCCUUCGACUGGCCCGUAGGCGGCAUGUUCGUCUGGGUAAAAAUGCACUUUGACACCCACCCCCUCGCCUUGAAAAUCCCAGGUGCACGUCUCUCCCGCGCCCUCUGGAUCUUCUGGACCAUGAAACCCUACCUCGUCCUCGUAUCCCCCGGUCUCAUCUUCUCCCCCACCGAAGAAAUUCGCAAUCGCGACGGCUACAAAUUCUUCCGUCUCUGCUUUGCUGCUUGCGAUGACAAGGAAAUUGAACCUAUUAGCAGAAGAUUUGUGGAUGCGGUGAAUGAUUUCUGGAAAAUCAAGAGUGUCAAGAAGAUUGAUGAGUUGCUUGAGGAGGAGGAGUCGGGAGUUGAGCAGAGGGCUGGGGAGGCUGAUAUGGCUAAAUUGGCUAGUUUCAUGGGACCGUGCUAGACUUCUUUGGAAUAGAGUUGAGUAAAGGUAUAGGCGUU